UUGCACACCGCACUCAGUCACUAAAUAAAAUAAAGAAAGCAUGAACACCUUUCUUCUCUUUCAAGGUUUGCUACUUCUAGAUUUGGGGAUUUAUGGAAUUUCUGAAGAUACAAAAUCCUGCGGGAAACCGAGGGUGUUUUCUAAGCGCAUUGUAGGAGGGCACACAACAAAGAAUGGCAAGUGGCCAUGGCAAGCAAUUGUGGUGAUUCCAAAUCAGUUCAUUUUUGGUGGCACGCUCAUCAGUAGCAAAUGGGUUUUAUCUGCUGCCCACUGGUUAGCAAGUGAGGAACCUGCCAAUGUCGAUGUCAUUCUUGGGGCCUUCAACUUAAUUAAAGAUCGUAAUGAACAUCCUCCCAUAAAAGCCAAACAAAUUAAUAUACAUCCUGAUUUUAAUCCUUCCACUCUACUUGCCAACAUCGCCCUUAUAGAGCUUUCAGAAAGUGUGUCCUACACUGUCUACAUUCUUCCAAUAUGUCUACCUGCACCUCAAAUGACGUUUCCACCAGGUACCAGGUGCUGGACAACUGGCUGGGGAGAUGUAGAGUUCGGUGGAUACCAGCCAAGACCCAAAACCCUACAAGAAGUAGAAGUUCACUUGUUUAGUGACCAGAGGUGCAAGAGCGCUUACUUUUCAGCUAUUCAGCCUGACAUGUUUUGUGCGGGAGACUUAACCGGUGGAAAGGAUUCCUGCCAGGGUGAUGGUGGAGGACCCCUAGUUUGUUCAGUGGGUGACCAGUGGUACUUAAUUGGAGUGGUGAUAUUUGGAAAUGGAUGUGGAAAGAAGGACUACCCAGGAGUGUACACUUCUGUGGCAAACUACACCAAAUGGAUUUCUGCAGAACCUGACAGGAGACUUGGCUUGCUGAAUUAUGGUCGCUCCAUGUGCUGGUUGACUCUGGGGGAUGCAUGGAUUCUUCUCCUAACAAUGAGCAUUGUUCUAUGGCUUGGCUGGUGACCUUCGGUCAUAGUUGUGGAGACCCUUUGCACACCAUGUUGAACACAUUUGUGAUCCUGGGGACUGU